UACCUCAUGGAGUUAGCACUUGGUUAAGUCCUUAGAUAAUGAGUUUAUUUCAUACCACUUUAGUUCUUUGGCUAGCUCUAGUCCUUAUUUCACACGAAGUUUCAGGAGAAAUAGAAACUCUCAUUGAGGAACCUGGAUCAGACCUUUGGUACUGGACUGUCUUUAUAGAGAAAAAUGGAGGAGCUGGGUGGAGUCAUCCUUCGUCUCAAAGUACCGUGUACGCAGUCUGUGAUAUUGCUAGCAAAAAUGAGGAACCAAAGAACUGGUUACUAACAGAAUACAUUUACAUCAAAGGUGCUACACGACUCAAUAUUGAAGUCACCUAUUCCCUUCUUAACUGCCCCUUAGCUAGCGUGGGGCCAUUCUGCAGAACUAACUUCACCCUUUAUUCUUAUCAUACGGAUUACAAAUUAGAUUAUGUUCCAGACCCAACAAAUUUAAAGUUCCAAAAAGAAACUGUCAUUGCCCCAGACACUCUUCCUGCGCCAGAUCGACGCACAAUAGACACAUUUCGUGGGUCAAUAGUAACAAAAGCAAAGAUAAUUUAUUUGGCUUUAUUAGAUCAAGGAGCAUGCUUGACAAUAAGUAAGUUUGUUGUAAGAUAUCGUUUCUGCUCUGAAACGGCCGCUGCUCUCGUUAAAUUUCCAAGAACAGUUGCCCCACCAAAUAAUAUUAAUUCAACUAAUCAUGAAGGAGAAUGUACAGAUCCUCACUCACUUAAAAGAAACAACCAAAAGAUAUUUGGCGUGUGCCUCAGUAAUGGGGAGUGGAACAUCACAAGUAGCUCAGCCUGCCUUUGCAAUUAUGGUUAUGAACUAACCAAUGGAUCUUCAGACUCUUUUGUAUGCAAAGAGUGUCAAAGGGGCUUCUAUAAUCUAUAUUACUACAGAUCAUCCAUUGUCGCAGAUUGUGAGGUCUUUGUAAAGGUAAUUAACAUAACCAUGGUCAUUACCAGUGAAAGUUGCACUGAUGGAAAAUACGACGAAUCCUCAUUACUGGCGAGAAUCGAAGAAGUGGUAACUAUUUUGUUUAGAGUAGUAUUUCCUUAGCCAUUUAUUUAUAUUGUUAUUACUACUACUUCUGCUGUUGCGCUAUACACCUUUGCCAUAAUGGCGGAAAAUGCGAUGGAGGUCUGAGACUGGUUUUGAAUAAUUUCACGAAAGCGAGGCCACCCGGGCAACACAUGGCGACGCGAAUACAAACUUUCACAAUUCCUGGAGCUUUUUAACCGAAAAUGACAUUCCUGGAGCUUCCUUAUGAGAUAGAAAUCUCUCACAAUUCAAUACUGAGGACUUGAGACUAUGGUUGAAGGGCAGAGGUGACCCAGCGAAAGGUUUAAAGACAAAAGCAGACCUUGUGAAAAGGUUAGUUUCGAGCACGAGAUGAGUACUUCGAGGUGUUUUUAUUGCUUGAGAGAAUUGUCAAUUGUGAUUACUUACACUUAAAUUGACCUAAUUUCUUAUAAUUUAGGGUCCUUUAAUACAUCAAGAGCGGAAAGGAUAAAAACAUCAUUGAUCCUGAUCCCAAUAAUCUUUAUUCUAAACGAAAACAACUACGCUCGGCAAACAACACAAGCUCACACUCCACCGCUAAACGACAUGUUCCCGUCAAGUUCCCUGAAUCUAGUAUGUGGAGCUACUCACUUCAGAAGAUGCCUCUGUUUACCAGAGCGGAAUUAAACAAUCAUAUAACACGUUCUGGGGUCUAGAUAAUUGUAUAUUUC